UUGCGUAGACUUCCUUCCGGUCCCAGGACUGCGUAACUCAUUUAUUUCGGACAAGCGGCAACAGUAAGUCGGAGUUCGCUGAAGAGGGCAAAUCUAACGGUUUUGGAGUUUUCUUCAACUUUCUGAUCCCGGCGGAGAGGAAAAAUUUUCCCGAAUAUUAAAGGUCGAGAGAACUGGGAAAUGGCGGAGAGACUGAUCCUCGCUCUAAUGGCCAUCUGGGUGGCCCGGGUGACGGGUGAUUGUGGCAAACCUCCACAGCUGGCCAAUGGCGACCUAUCUGAUGAAUUCCAUUCUCAGAGCUCAUUUCCUGUCGGCGCCAGAGUCUUGUACAAGUGUUACCCGGGUUACAUUAUUGCAGGACUUUCAAGAUUCAUUACCUGUGAGGCUGGGUCAGUUUGGGGACGUUUGUUGAUCACUUGUGAACCAAGAAACUGUGGUAACCCAGGGGAGAUUAAUAAUGGAUAUUACACAGAAACUAAUACUACCUUGGGAAGUAAAGUUACAUUUUAUUGUGCCGCAGGUUAUCAGAUGGUUGGUAGAAACUACCGGAUUUGCACAGCUGAUGGGUGGGAUGGUCAAGUCCCAACAUGUGAUCCUGUCACAUGUAAAGAUCUUGAACCUAUCAGUAAUGGGAUAACUCCAGAUCCGCCCAGUGGAGAUUUCUGGACAUUUGGAAUGAUAGCACGAUAUUCAUGUAUUAAUGACUACUCAUUGAUUGGCGCAGACCAACUUGUUUGCAAUGUAUCUGGAGAGUGGGACAAGAAGCCGCCAAUAUGCAAAGAUGUUAAAUGUAAGCGUUCUAAAAUCUCUGCAACCCUGGAAAUCGUGUCAGGAUUUGGACCCAUUUACAAAUACCGGCAGCAGAUCACCUUCCGCUGUAUUAAAGGUUAUGAAAUGGUUGGCAGUAGUACCAUUGAAUGCAGUGAAAAUAACACAUUUGUACCAUCACCACCUAUUUGCAGACCACGAACUGCGGCUACUACAGCUGUACCUGCUGCUACAACAGUACCUGCUACUACAACAGCUGUACCUGCUACAACAGUAGCUACUACCGUACCUGCUUCUACAAUAGCUGAAGGUGAACCUGAAAAUCAAACAGGAAAAAUUGUUGGAAUUAUUCUCGGUGUUGUUCUCCUUGCUGCUGUUGUCCUUGUAAUCUAUUGCUGUAAGAAGAAAAAAGAAGGACAAUAUACCACCUCUGAGAAAGUUGCCAUGAACCCUCAAUCUGAACAAGUCCAAGUGAAGCCCAAUUUAGCUGAUCAUUAAUUGAAACUUUAAAAAAAAUCAAAAGGUUAAUAAUUUGAACAGCUCAUCAUGUUUGGUGUAACUACUUACAUGUCCUAAUUUGAUUGAUCCUGUCUACAGAGCAACUGAACCUGAAGCAAUUUCCUUCCCUAUUGAAUAAUGUACAAUAACAUAGCUGACACUGUUUCCACAUACUUACUAGGUGUGUUCGUACUGAAUUCAUUUUCUGCUUUUUGAAAAUAGAGAUUGGUCAAUUUAAAAUAAAUAAACAUGCACUGUAAAGUUUUAGCACAAGCAAUGUGGUCACAUGGCAGCAAUUCAAGUAGAAACAUAUUCCAUGCUUAUUGCAAGAAAAAAGUCUCCCACAAUUUUCCUCUGAUAAAUUGAGCUAAAAUUGCGCAACAUUCUUCUUCCUUUUUUACCCCUUUAUUGUACUUGCCCUUCACUUUAGUGAAAGCACUUGAAGCUAAUGGAAUUGAUACUUUUCACAAAUGACUGCUAGAGUUACGUGAGAUGUAUUUGAGCACUUUUUGUGUACAUUGCUAAAUUUAUUUUUUAUAUAUGCAGACACCCACACGAUAUUAGCAGUCAAAUAAAUUUCUUUAUUGCAAAGGUAGUUCCUUAAAUACAGGGUUUCUAGUUAUUCUUUCACCAAAAUAUUUAACAGAAUCAAAACUUUUUCACUCUGGGAAAAGCUACAUAAAACGGUCUCUGUAAAACAGGCUUAGGUAUAUAGAUACAAAUUUUGUUUCUAGCCUUGAGACUUGUUUAUUGUUAUUGAAUAUGAAAAUUUAAUUGGGAAAUGUUUUCUCCUAAGUUGAAAAGGCAAGUUCACAUCUGGACUCUAUUAUCUGAGGAAUGACACUGUUUCUGUCAUAAUUUCAGCACCUAUCAUCAAAGAAACCAGCUUCCUAACUUCGAACUUAUUCCAUUAUAAAGUUUUUUGUUUAGGAUUCAAGUUUCGUAGCAACAUUACACAUGCUCAUGCCUUGAAUUUAAGCUUGUGCAAUGGAAUGCCAUUGGAAUUAAAGAUAAGAUGAUUGUAGGGCCUGUUUUUCUAAUUAACAUGAACCGCUGUGUACAGGUGUUAAAUUUGCUUGAAUAUAUACUUACCUGAUUUUGUUAAGCUGAAUCAACAUUUUCUGAAGUUUUGUUCUGCUGGGCAGUAUGAAGUUAGCAAAAGAUAGUGUCAGUGAUUACCAUUUCAGAAUUUAGUUGUGUUUGGUCUGUAUUCUGUUAGAAGCCUCAAGAUCUGUUUUUGUGCGAAAUUUGUAAAUAUAGCAGAUUUAUUUAUAUAUACUGGGGGAGUUGCAUAUCUGAAAUUUUAGAGACUAUAAUUAUAUAAUAUAAUUUGAUAUUGAAAAGAAAACACAUCAAAAUUAAUACCAACCCAUUCAAUAAAUGGCAUGUUGUCUUUUUUAAAACCUUGUUCUGGAGUUUGCUCACAAAUUUAAUGUACCUUGGGUAAUUUUGACAUAAGAGCAAAACUGUUCCCUUUUUUUCCUGAGAUUUGCAUAAAAUUGAUUUACAUCAGUUUUCUGCUGAAGUAUUGUUACACGUGAAUUUCUAUGGUUGUUUGUGCCGCUUCUGUUUGCGGUGCAUCUAACAACCCUCUGCUGCUUAUUUAGAUGAUACUCCCAGCCAUGGAAAAGACGAGCUCAUGUGAGUUUCUUGGAUUUGCAUGAAUAACGUGUAAACUUAUAGCCAAUAAUUUAGGUGCUGCAUUGCCUGAAGACAGACACAAGGUUUCUGGAUUUUGAUGGCAAUUUUAACUUAAUUUGGGGGGAAAAAAACAUUCUUAAUGAGAAUUGCACCAUGCUUCAUCAUCAAAGUGCAGUCUUAAUGCAUCUGAAAAUUUUCAUUGCUGCUUGCUCUCUAAAGCAUUCAAAAGGAUUAAGCACCUGAAUAGCCUUCACAAUUGUCAUGACUUUGUUCUCCAUGAUAAUGAAAGAUGAGCAUUGGCAGAGGCAAGAGUCUUGAAGAGUGAGGUGCCAUUGCAUAAGACAGAAGAUUGCUUAUUUUUACUAAUCUUGCUGCUGCAUUUGUCUUUGAUUUUGUGCUCACUUUUAUGUUCUGGCGUAAGCAAAUGAACUCAGGAAAUUUGGACAUAAACUCCCUAGAACAAGAUUGCCAAAGCUCCUAGUGUAAUUUCUGUUGUAAUAUGGGGCCUGUAUCUCUACUCACUAUAGAUAACAUACAGCAGCUCAACAUAAAGCAAAUACUAGGUUUGAACUUGAUCUGAUCUUUGCCAGUGGAUUGUCCAUUAAAACUGCUUAAAAUAAUCCCCUUGGCAUUUGUCACACAGGUCUUUAUUUUUUAAUAAAAUUUCCCAUAUUUUGCCUUACACCUGAAGACACAGAAAAUCUGCCUGAAUAUAUACAUUACUGUUAUUAAAAGUUAUAUCUGUUUUUGUUUCUCGUGAUUGCUGACCAUUUGAAUUAUUUUAUUGAUGAGGUCAGAUCAUAGGGUUAACUUUCUUUGUAACACAAGUCAAUCUCCUGCGAUAUUGAUCUAAUAAAGUCAGUUAGAGGGUGUGGAAUAAAUGGAUUAAGGCUGAAGGAUGACUGCAGCUUUAAAGUGGUUAGUGUUUAGGAUUGGUGGCAUCUGGAGAUUUUUGGAAGAUGCAGUGAAAGAAAUGUGAAUAGGAUAGUUGAAGGAGACCAGGCAGCUGGAGGCUAGAAAUUUAGUGCAUAGCUGGAGGCGGAGUGACAGGAACAUUGGAGUCCUGAGGUAGGGGUCCUGAGUUAGUCUAGAACAGUCAGUAAAAGUAAGAAAGGGAAGGAAUUCCAAGAAUGUAUUUCAAUUGGAUUUUUUUUCUCUAUCCCCAAACCCCAUCCCCAAAGAAUGGUCCAAAAAGGGCAGAAUUUUUAGCUUUCAGGCUGAAGGAGAUGAUGAGAAACCGCAGGAAGCCUUACAGUAAAUAACAAGAUUUCAUUUUGAAACUUCGCAAGCUCAAAUAUGUAAACUAAAAGUCAAACUAACAAAAAAAUGAACUUUGGCUAGUAGCCAGUGACAGCCAGAGUCAACUUUUGAGACCCUGCCUAGUGUAGGAGCGUGCAGCUAUAGCUGUGACUGUAAUGCAAAUUCCACAUUAAACUUACAAUCAAGAGGUAAACCUGAAAUCAUUACAAAAUGUUGUUGCCCAAAUAAGCAGGAUGUGAAAUACUUAACAUUUUUAAAGAUAUAUUGUAUAUUUAACCAGUCUCACCAUUAUUAUUUCCCAUUUCUCCUUUUUCUCAUUUUUCUCAUCUACAUGCUGCCCCUUGGUGACAUCAUCUGUAAACACAGCUGUCAGUUUCCACAAGUAUAUAGAAAUUGCCCAGCUUGACUAACUUCUCCACUCCUCUUGAUUCUUCCGCUGUGUCUCAGUUGUCAGGCAGCUGGUUUGACAUUCAGCAUUGAAUGGGAGAAAAUAUAUUUCAACUGAAGCCAGUUUCCUCAGCUCUCACCACAAACUCUAUUUGCUGGCCACUGACUGUCCUUUUCCUGGCUAUGCCUGAAGCUGAACCAUACUGCUCGCAGCUUUGGUACUAUAUUUGACCCCUAGAUGAGCUUCCAAUCACAUUCACCCCAUCAAUAACACCAUCAGUUUCCACCUUUUGUAAAAUUGUUAAAAUGUGCCCCAUCUUAGCUCAUGUACUGCUGAAGCAUUCAUUCAUGACUCUAGACUUGAGUGUUCCAAUGUACUCCUGGCUGGCUUCCACAUUCUACCCUCUGUAAACUUGAUGUCAUCCAAAACUCUGCUUCCUGCAUCCUAACUUGCAUCAAGUCCUUUACACCUGUGUUCGCUGUGGCUCCCUGUUAUAACCUUGGGUUUUAAAAUUCUCAUCCUUUGUUUUCAAAUCCCUCCAUGGCCUAGCCCCUCCCAUCUCUGUAAUCUCCUCCAGCCUCACGACCCUCAUAUAUGUGCUCUUCCAAUUCUAGCCUGAGUAUUGCCCAUUUUAAUUGCGCCAUCAUUGGAGGCCAUUAUUCAGUUGCUAUACCCUUAAGUUUGGAAUUGCCUCUCUAAAUCUCUCAGCUUCUCUUCCUCCCUCCUGCUUUAGAAUUCUCCUUAAAAUCCCACCUGUUCAACCAAGCUUUUGGCCAUCUGCCCUAAUAUCUUGUGGCUUGUUGUCAAAUUUUGUUAAUGCUCCUGUAAAGCACCUUGGGACAUUUUACUACAUUAAAGGCACCAUAUAAAUAUGGGAUGGGGAGGUUUGCAGUGCUAGCCUGGAUUUAGGAUCUAGUUAUUUGUCUUUAUCAUUGGAUAAUGUACCUGAUGAGUUUGCAUGUCAUUGUGUGGAAAUUGCAAAAGCUGCAUCAGAAAUGUGUUCUUAUUUCUAGCAGAUUGGUUUUUCUAACUGCACUCAAACUAAAUAUUGAAUGGCACAGGGCUUUUACGUUCCAUACAAAACAAGUUGGAAACAUUGGCAUUUUCUAAUGGUUAAAAUUUGAAGCCUGCAUUCUUAUCUAAUGUUCAAAGUAAUCAUCCAAACAAAAGGCAAAAUUUAUCACAUUUACAGAUGUGCAUAUAAUGCAAGUUUGUGGACAAGAUUGCUAGUUUUCUUUUUAAGCAGGCUUAGUAUCCUAAAUAUGGAAUAGCCACAGAUCAUUACUCUGUGUACUCUGCAGUAACACCCAGUUUAACAAGUUUUUGACAAGGAUCAGAGCCCUGGGCUCAAUCAUCUGUUAUUGUAUGAUAAGUGACAACAAAAUUAGUUGUUUAAUGUUGCACUACUUUUUCAAGGUAAUAUGUUUCAUUUAGAAAAAUGCCUUAAAGAUGUACAAAGAUGUUGUUAAAAAGAAAUUACUGCAAAAUAUGAUGGCUAAUUUUUCAUAGCUGAAUGGCAGGUUGACCAAAGAGCAUUCUGUACUUAAAUAAGCUGAUACUCAUGUAUAUCGAGGAAAUGUGUAAGUUGAUAAAUGCAGUUUCAAACCACUGAUUAAUAUUCCAAUUGCUAGUCAUCUUAAAUCUUAAUAAAAUUGAAAAGCUCUUGAA